GGCUAAUGGCGCGGCCGCUAGAAUCGUCGGCGCCCUCACGGCGAUCAUCUGGCGAUCCAUGCAAGGCCGCGCGUAGCGCCUACGAUCGAUGCUUCAAUCGGUGGUAUCUGGAGACGUACGUGAAGAAGAUGGAGCCGUGGAAGAAGGAGGAUUGCGGCGCCGAGUGGGAGGAGUAUCAGGCGUGCUUCACCAAGCGGCUGGAGGGGACGAAGAUCGAGCAGCUCGUGAAGAAGGAGCGCGAUGCGUUGAUGCGGCAAAGCGAUGCGUGAGAGAGCAUUCAACACUUUUUCCGGUCGGUUUCCAUCCCUUUUUUUUCUCUUUGAGCUCGGAUUCUAGUUUUUCGUAUUUCACACAAAGGUGUUAGAAG